CUCAAACUUAACAACGCAAAGUCUUAUCCCCAUAUCUCUAACAUCAUGGCCUCCGAAGGACGACCUCCUCACCCGCCCUUCAAUCGAGAGACGGCUAUUAUCAAAGUUAAAGCUGCCCAGGAUGCAUGGAAUACCAGAAACCCCGCCGCGGUGAAAAUGGCAUACACCCCGGACUCUAUUUGGCGUAAUCGCGAUCAGUUCUUGCAGGGUCGUGACGCAAUUGAAGAAUUCCUAACAAAGAAAUGGGAGAAGGAACAUGGUUAUAAGCUUCGUAAAGAGCUCUUUGCGUUUACUGAUGACAAGAUUGCGGUGCAGUUCUGGUACGAAUGGCACGAUGAAAAUGGCCAAUGGUGGCGUACCUAUGGCCUAGAAGACUGGACUUUUGCCUCUAACGGCUUGAUGAGGAAGAGGCAGAUGAGUGGAAACGAUGUGAAGAUCACUGAGCAGGAGAGAUGGUUCCUGGAUGGUGUAGAUGUGAACAAAGUGGACAUCUCAGAGAAGCAUUGGUGAUUCAGUUACGCGGGAGAAUGCAUCAAACAGUUCUGUAGCUAAUAUGCACCUCAGAAUA